CUCUCUCUCUCUCUCUCUCUCUCUCUCUCUCUCUGUGCGAUCUACACGGUGAUUUCAUUUUUUUUUUUUUUGGGUCAAACGGAAUUUCAUCUACACGGUGAUUACUGCGAAACAGGUACGCUCAUCGCUAAUACCUAUCAAACCCUAGAGGUUACGUACAGAUUAUUCACAUGUUUGUGUGUUGGUUGCCCUAGAAAUUACGUACAGAUUAUUCGGGCUUGGCAUUAAUCUUUACCCCCCACCCUCCUUUCCAGUUGAUUUUCGGCCGGAGAUCGACGGCGGGACUCCGGGUUGUCUUCAAUUCUUCUUCACCUCUCUUCCACUACUACCAAACAUGGUUUACAUCACAUCAUGGGACGAUUUCGUGGAGAAAUCCGUCCAGUUGUUCCGCGCCGAUCCCGAAUCCACGCGUUAUACGAUGAAGUACAGACACUGUGAUGGUAAAUUAGUGCUCAAGGUCACCGAUAAUCGCGAGUGUCUCAAGUUUAAGACGGACCAGGCACAGGAUGCUAAGAAGAUGGAGAAGCUCAACAAUAUAUUCUUCACAUUAAUGUCUCGUGGUCCUGAAGCGGAUAUAUCAGAAGUUACAGGAAAAGAGCAAAUGGAAGUACAGCCAGCCAAGAAGGGAAGGGGAAGGAAACAAUAGCAUUGUUCUGGGCAAGGGGCAGGCAACAAUCUUGCGCCCAAAAAUAGGUAUAGGAGCAUUAAAACUAUGGAGAUGAUGCAAAUAGUUUAGCCAAUCAUGCGAUGGUGAGUAUUAAGUAUUAACUGCUAGUGUUUUGUUUUUUGACAACUUCAAUAACCUUUUCAUAUCGUUACAACUUUUUUCUGAUUCGUGAAUUCCCCAUGGCGAUCCAUCAAAUACCAAGGGAUUCUCUUCUCAUUA